ACGUCUGUGCGCAUGCGCAGGUAACGCUUUGACCACGUAGAUAGUCGGCUGCAGUAAAGCAUCAGGAUUUGUGAAUAAAACAGUUGUAGUAAACAAAUUCACGGCCGCCAAUUAGUAGCAACGGGCCUUUACAAAAAUGGCGAGGUACUUGAGGCCACCGAAUACAUCUCUCUUCGUUCGAAACAUCGCCGACGACUCCAGGCCAGAGGAUUUACGACGUGAGUUUGGUCGUUAUGGGCCUAUUGUAGAUGUCUACAUUCCACUUGACUUCUAUACACGGCGGGCAAGAGGAUUUGCUUACAUUCAGUUUGAAGAUGUCCGGGAUGCAGAGGACGCUCUUCACAACCUGGACCAUAAAUGGGUUUGUGGGCGUCAAAUCGAGAUCCAGUUCGCCCAGGGGGACAGAAAAACCCCUAAUCAGAUGAAGACCAAGGAGCGGCAUUCCCCUCGCAGCUCCUCCCGCUACGACGAUGAGCGGGAUAGCCGCCGAAGACGAUCCCGGAGCCGCAGCUAUGAUCGACGCAGGUCCCGGAGCCCCUCCUACGAGCGUCGUCCUCGGAGGUCGGAGAGCCCCAGAGAAUCUCGGUCCUACAGUCGACACAGACGGAGCAGAAGCCAUGAAAAUGACAAGUACAGAGGUCCUCCUCGUGACAACCACAGGACACGUCAUGAACCAGGCUCACGUAGCCACUCGGCGUCCCGCUCCCCUUCAACCUCCAGGCCCAUGCCCAAAGGUAAAAAGAGCCAGUCCAGGUCCCACAGCCCGGCUGAAGAUUUCCAUCCAACCUCCAGCUCCCAGAAACAGCCUGUGGGACGGUCUCCAUCCCGCUCCUACUCUAGAUCCAUGUCCCGGUCCCGCUCUCGCUCCAGGUCCUGGGCUGGACGUAAGUCUGGAGGCCACUGACUGUCUGUUCCCCCAAAGUCCUGUUAAUCUGUCUCUGUUCAGCUAUGAUAACUAGAGUGUUAUGCUCUGUUUGCAUUUGUUUAUCAUUACAUUAUGGAGUAUGUUGCCAAGGGGGGGGGGGAAAGAGAUAUUUCUUUUAGCGAAAAAGGUUUUUGUUCUAAAGUGAUUCAUGAAAGCAGUUAAUCCUGGAAACUAUUUUUUUUUUAACUUGUGUAAUGUGGGUUGCUGAAGGUGAAACAAAUGUUAGUUUGGCGUUGCCAAUAAUAUUUUUGUACUUUGAGUUAGUAAUGUUUACGUUCAUACAUUUCUUAAUAUGCCGAUCUCCAUUUGGCUCUAUUGUUUGUGUAUUAUGUAAACAUGAAAUAAAAAUUUCAUUUAACUUCA